AUGGAUUUUGGGGCACUGGAAACAGUGGUAGCCAAUUCUGCAUAUAUUACUGCACGUGGUAGCUUUGAUGGGGGCUUCAAUCCUCAAAUUACUCGGAAUAAGAAGUUUCGUUCCAAGUUAAAGCUGCCUCCCCUUGCAGAGUGUGAACAUCUGAAGAAUCAGAUUGAUAUAGAGUUUGAAAAUAUUUGUGAAAAGCAGCCCAUUGGAAAGAAGUUGUUCCAGGAGUUUUUGGGAACAAUCGAUCAGUUUGUUCCUGCACUGAAUAUCUGGAUUGAUAUUGAGGAUUAUGAUACAGCGGAGGAUGAUGAUCGUUUGCAGAAAGCCAAGUGCAUCGUUAACAAAUAUCUGGACAGCCAUUCUAAGCAUUUUUGUCACUAUUUAGAUGACAAGGUUAUUGCCCAAGUGGUGGAGGAAUCCAACAAAGUUCCUGAUGGGCUCUUUAAACCACUGCUUCAGUCUACUGCAGAUUAUUUAAAGGAAAAUGCAUUUCAACAAUACAAGGAAAGCAAAUACUUUUCAAGAUUUCUGCAAUGGAAAUGGCUAGAAUCUCAGCCUGUUGGAGAGGACUGGUUUAUGGACUUCAGAAUUCUUGGGAAAGGUGGAUUUGGGGAAGUGUCUGCUUCCCAAAUGAGGGCGACUGGUAAAAUGUAUGCUUGUAAGAAGCUCAACAAGAAACGCUUGAAGAAGAGAAAGGGAUUUGAAGGUGCCAUGGUGGAAAAAAGGAUUCUAGCUAAGGUGCAUAGUAGAUUUAUUGUUUCCCUGGCAUAUGCAUUUCAAACAAAGAAUGACGUCUGCUUAGUUAUGACAUUAAUGAAUGGAGGUGACCUAAGGUUUCACAUUUACAAUGUGGAUGAGGAAAAUCCUGGUCUAGAUGAACCCAGAGCUUGUUUUUACACUGCACAGAUUAUAUGUGGGAUGGAGCAUUUACACCAAAACAGGAUCAUCUAUCGUGACCUCAAACCAGAAAAUGUGCUACUGGACAAUGAUGGGAAUGUCCGUAUUUCUGACCUUGGGUUGGCCGUGCAAUUGAAGGAGAACAAGAACAGAACCAAAGGCUAUGCAGGAACUCCCGGGUUCAUGGCUCCUGAGCUGCUGAACGGAGAAGAAUAUGAUUACUCUGUGGACUACUUCUCUUUGGGUGUAACUUUAUAUGAAAUGACUGCUGCACGUGGUCCAUUCAGAUCAAGAGGAGAAAAGGUAGAGAAUAAGGAUUUAAAGAAUAGGAUCCUCAAUGAUCCAGUAACAUACACAGAGAAGUUCAGUAAGGAUUGCAAAUCCUUCUGUGAAGCCUUACUGGAAAAAGACCAUAAGAAACGUAUAGGGUUUAGAAAUGGGAAUUGUAAUGAUCUGCGAGUAGUUCCUUUCUUCAAAGAUAUAAACUGGAGAAAACUUGAAGCUGGUAUUCUUCCACCACCUUUUGCCCCUGACUCCAAGACAGUGUAUGCGAAGGAUAUUCAGGAUGUAGGAAUGUUUUCAACAGUGAAAGGAGUCAACCUUGAGGAUAAUGAUAAGCAAUUAUUUGAUGAGUUUGCUUCUGGCAACAUUCCUAUACCAUGGCAAGAAGAAAUGAUUGAAACUGGCAUCUAUGAUGAACUAAAUGAUGAAGUGAAUGACGUCAGACGACAUUCCACUGCGAAUGACAACUCUGCUAAGUCUGGAGUAUGUCGAAUUGCAUAGAGUUAUCCACAUUCUCCAGUUAUGUAAAAGUGAAGUUAUUACCUUAUUUUCUGUCUGUAUUUAAGAACUUCACGUUAGGCUGUUGAAGCGUCCAGAAUUAUUCUGCACUUAAUUAAAGACAUUAUGUUACGGAAAAUAUAAUUGCCCCAACCUAUCCUCUUAGGAAAGAAUUUAUUGCAAAUAAUCAUUGGCAAAAGGGGUCUAGAUGGAGAGAUGCAAAGAUCAGCACCCUCUCUAAUAAAUGUACUGUGGACAUUUAUCUUCUGCUCAUGAGAGAAGGUGUUUUUGUUGUUUCUUGACCUUGGAUCUGCCAGCACUGGACUACUUGGACUAGAUAGUUUGAUUGGACCUGUUAAAAAUGGCUUUUUUGUAACCAUAUUAACAAGUUAUACUUGUAAAAGCGAUUGCAUGGCGAUUUGACAAAA